AACUUCUGCGCUGGCCAUACGUGCCACGUCCCAGCUGAAAAAAGAAUUAAAUCCCUUGGGCCAAAUUCAGUCCUGGAGUUGCUUGAUUGAAUGCAGCACAUUUACACUGAGCGCAGAUUUGGCUCAUACCUGACUCUGUCAGCAUUGGCUGUGCUGUAACUAAGUAACGAGAACACUGUCAGCGAGAGGAGACAGAUAGCUUGAUAGCUUUCUGUGAGAUUAUUAGAGCACUGAGCACCUUUAAGGAGUGCAGAAAUCUGUGAAAGGAGGAGUUGGGAAAAAGGACACCGCUCCUUUUAGAGGCUGUGUAACAGAGCUGAUAAGCUAUUCCUCUGAUGUGAUUGAACGUGACUGAAUACUGCGGGCUCGUGGACUCUUAUUCUAUAAAGCACACAUCAGAACAGCACAGGAAAAGAUUGGAGGGAACAGCUUCUGCUGUGCUGAGAAAGAUGCUGGAGAGCUCUUCAGUCCUUUUGUUCAUUGUCUUCGUUCUGCUUUUCAUUUCCUUGCUCUUCGUGGUAAUCAUCAGGAAAAAUGGCACUGCUGCCCUGGUCUGGCAUGAAAUAAUCAAGGAGAAAAUAACCAAUUUCAUCAUGAAUCAGAGCAAAGAACAGAGGAUUUUAAAUUUUGUGCUGCAGAACGCAGUCCGAGGGGACCCCUGUAGUGUGAUGGAAACUAUAGAUAAAUACUGCUCUGAGAAAGAGUGGGCCAUGAAUGUGGGCGAUGAAAAAGGUGUAAUUCUGGACAAGACAGUGGAAGAGGUUAAUCCUAAAGUUGCACUGGAGCUGGGAACAUACUGUGGCUACUCAGCUGUUAGGAUUGCUCGGCUGCUGAAAGCAGGCGCUCGUCUUCUCACUGUGGAGUUCAAUCCAGAAUUUGCUGCUAUAGCUAAACAGAUGAUUGAGUUUGCUGGAGUACAAGAUAAGGUAAAACUCCUUGAAGGCCCUUCAGAGGUAAUUAUCCCCCAGCUGAAAAAAAAAUAUGAAGUCGAUACUCUGGAUUUUGUCUUUGUGGACCACUGGAAAGACAGAUACACACCAGAUACCAUCCUGCUUCAGGAAUGCAGCUUGCUGCGGAAGGGCUCAGUUCUUCUGGCUGACAAUAUCAUCUUCCCAGGAGCUCCUGAGUUUGUUAAAUAUAUUCGCAACAACCCCCGUUUCCAAUGCAGUACCUACCCAUCUCAUCUGGAAUAUAUGAAAGUGCAGGAUGCUAUGGAGAAGGCUGUGUUUUUGGGAUAAAGACAGCCAUUAAUACUCAGUCUUUGUUUCUAAUGACAUAAACGUAACUACACAGGUUAACCUGACUGCGCUUUACGUUUUGCUGUUUGUAUUUUGGAGCUUAUCAUCUAGUGGGAAUCAUUUUAUACCAGGCGGAAACCAAGACUUGGAUUAAGCAAGGCAUCCACUUAAAGGCCCGUUCCACUGCUUCACAUUAUUCAGGAAACCCAAGGUGAUCAACAUAUUGUCAAACAACACAGGCUGUUAUUUUGAGCUCAAACCUGAACAACCACAGUUGGUAGGAUGAGAGUAACAUGAAAAAAGUCACUCAAUUCCUAAGAACUUACGUUCUAAAGCUAAACUAUCUUCCAUUCUCAAGCAUGAAAAAAGCAUGCAUGUUGCAAGAGAAGAACUUUACAGAAACCCUGAUUAUGCUAAAUUGUUAUGCUGCUUCGACCAGUGAAGGUUCUUAUAAUGUCAGAUGCAUUUUGGCAUUGUAGCAAAUGUUAAUUAUCUCCUUGCUGAAGAAAAGGGCAAAUACUGAAAGAAGAAAAAGUUGCACAGUGAUGGGAAGGGUAACAGAACUAUGCAUAAAACAAAGAAAAAAAUGAUUAUAUCUGCACAUGGAGAUAAUUGAAGAAGUGAGCAGAUUAAAACAAACACAACAGACAGAUAACAAAAAGCAGGUUCUUUCUAACAGAAUACCAGAAUGACAAAAUCACUGAGAUCUUGAGAAAAUACAUCCCUUCAUUACAUUUACUCAUUCCUUUCUUAUAUUGUAUAUACAUAGCGUGUGCAUUUGAGACGCAGGCCAAGCUGUUUACUCUGAAGUGCUGUGUAAGUUCAGUGAGAAUGGGUUUUUACCAAGUGGGUCCUGCACACCUUGUUUAAUCUAUUAGUUGUAGUUAGCACUGAAUUUCAAGGUUUAUUAAUGAGAAAAUUUACAAAACCAAUCAUGAGUCUCUUAACUCACCCAAACAAUAGAAAAAUCCACUGUCGUUUCUUUCUAUGACCUGCUGUGAUUAUAUAAUGAGCCCAUGGUUGCUUUUAUGAAUAAAAAUUAAAAAAACAAUAGAGAAGA